GAGGAUCUGAUCUCAGUACUCACGCUGCUCCAGUCAUGGGCAGAAAGGACUGUCCUGAGGGCCAGAAAUGGGACUACCUCGUCAACACCUGCAUCCCCAAAAGUGUUGAAACCAGACGACAGCCUGAACAACCCAAAGAGCUGCCCAUGAUUGCUGUGGGCCAGCUCAGAGCCACGGCCACCACGGCCACCACCGACGACUCAGCAAUGCUACUGAGUCCAGCUCUGUGGAUCUUUGUGGUUCUGGCCACGCUGGGCUCCAUCUUGGCUGUGACUCUCUGGUUCAUGAUAUACAGACGACAGACCAGACUCAGCAGCAUCCCCGCAGAGGACGCCGCGCCAGCACAGCAGCUUCUUCACAAAACAGAGCCGCCUGCCAAACUCCACCCAGAAAGAAAUGGACAAGGGGAGAUGUUUCAGAGACCAGCAGAGGCCUCCUCGCUCUGUCAACACCUGCACCAGGGGGCCCAGACCAGCACUAAGUGGGAGGACGACUUCAGCGCAUGCAGGGACCCUGCAGCACAUGCGGGAACAGAGGUCGGUGGAGGGCUGCCGGCGUGCAGCACUGUGGCGGAGCACAGGGUCCCACUUCCUGCCACAGAGCUCGGUGGCACUGCGUUAGUCACCACCAAGACUGUGUAGAGCCGUGUGUGCUUGUAUUACUCAAGCUGUGAGGACACCUCCCCUGUGCAACAUCUCCUAAAUGUCAAAUGAUUCAAAACUGUAUCGCCAUAAAGUAAUUGCAUUACUUCCAAGUUGAGCAGCAGGUGAAUCUAGAAACCGACAGUUCGGGUUUCCUUCAUUACAGGCCCCCAGAGGAAGAGCUGCAGAGAUGUUCUGCCGUUCUUCAGAACUGGAGGGAUUGUGUUGCUCGGCCUUUCUCUUUAAGGUGUUUUAUUGGUUUUAAAUCAGGCAACAUGGGGCUGCACGGUGGCUCGGUGGUUAGUACUGUUGC